GCCUGACCUGACCCCACAGCUGGGAAUAAUUUUGCUGGGGGUGGGGCGGCCCCUGACUAUAUAAGCCUGGACCUAGGUGUCCCAGGCACGUUGGAGGCCCUGACCCUCCACUGCUGACCCCUGCACACUCCAGCCUGAUCCCCAGCCAGUCCAGCAAUGACAGAAAUAGCCACCUCGGAGGCCCCCGCCUGUGGUCCGGAGGAGACCGCUUCUGAGUCUGCCAAGGUGCCCACCACAGAGCCCUCGGGAGAAGUGGCAGCAUUGGAGUCGGCCAGGGAAGAGCAGGCUCCCACGCCCCAGGAGCCUGCCCCUCAGGCACCUGCCCCCACAGCCACUAAACCCGCACCUGCAAGUGAAGAUCUCCCCAGUGCCCCGCUGCUGCUGGCCGUGGAGGAUGUGAGCGACAGCUCAGUGACUGUGAGCUGGGAGCCCCCGGAGAGGCUGGGGCGGCUGGGGCUGCAGGGCUACGUGCUGGAGCUCCGCAGAGAGGGAGCCUCGGCGUGGGUGCCUGUGAAUGCCCGUCCCGUGAUGGUGACACAGCAGACCAUGCGGAACCUGGCUCUGGGAGACAAGUUCUUCCUGCGUGUGGCUGCGGUGAGCUCUGCAGGGGCCGGCCCGCCCACUGUGCUGGACCAGCCUGUCCACAUCCAAAAGACCAUCGAGGCCCCCAAGAUCCGUGUCCCCCGCCACCUUCGUCAGACCUACAUCCGCCAGGUGGGAGAGGCAGUCAACCUGCAAAUCCCCUUCCAGGGGAAUCCCAAGCCUCAGGCCUCGUGGACCCACAACGGCCACACCCUGGACAGCCAGCGGGUGAGCAUCCGCACUGGGGACCAGGACUCCAUCCUCUUCAUCCGCUCAGCCCAGCGCUCCGACUCAGGCUGCUAUGAGCUCACAGUGCGGCUGGAAGGCCUGGAGGCCAAGGCAGCCAUUGACAUCCUUGUGAUCGGUAUUGGGCCAGGGGAGGCAGGGCUGCCUUGCUGGGGGCCCAGGGACCCCACCUCCUACCCCAGAGCCGACAUCGAUGGAGUCAGGCCAGGGGAGCAUGAUGGAAGUCAGAUCUCUGGUGUGGGGAGUUUGUGGCAAGCCCAGACCUCCCACUCACCCCUCUCACACUCCGGUCCUGCAGAGAAACCUGGACCCCCCAGAAGCAUCAGGCUACUGGAUGUCUGGGGCUGCAACGCUGCCCUUGAGUGGACAGCACCCCAGGACACAGGCAACACAGACCUCCUGGGCUACACAGUGCAGAAGGCAGACAAAAAGACAGGGCAAUGGUUCACGGUGCUGGAGCGCUACCACCCGACCACCUGCACCAUCUCCGACCUCAUCGUGGGCAACUCGUACUCCUUCCGGGUCUUCUCGGAAAACCUAUGUGGACUCAGCGCCUCGGCCGCUGUCACCAAGGAGCUUGCUCACAUCCAGAAGGCAGAUAUUGUUGCCAAACCUAAAGGGUUUGUUGAGCGAGACUUCUCAGAAGCCCCCUCGUUCACCCAACCCCUGGCUGACCAUACCUCCACCCCCGGCUACAGCACCCAGCUCUUCUGCAGUGUCCGAGCAUCGCCCAAGCCCAAGAUCAUCUGGAUGAAAAACAAGAUGGACAUCCACGGCGAUCCCAAAUACCGCGCCCUCUCCGAACAAGGCGUCUGCACCCUGGAGAUCCGGAAACCCAGCCCCUUUGAUUCUGGAGUCUACACCUGCAAGGCCGUCAAUGUGCUGGGCGAGGCAUCUGUGGACUGCCAGCUAGAGGUUAAAGCCUCAGCCACACACUGAAGAGCGUCUGGAAGAGGCUGUGAUGAGGAGAAAGGUGCUGCAGGCCUGAGGGCUCAGGGCCGCCAGGCCCAGAACUAAGCUCCAUGGAAGCCAGACCCCCAUUUCCACAGCGACUCCUGAUGGUUCUGCUCCCUGGUUCCUGCCUGGCCUCCCUCCCCUGAAGCUGGAGUCUAGAGCCCAGGAGUGGGUGGCAGGCCCCAGGCCAGGCUUCCUGGGCACAAGGGAGCCUGGCAGGUGCAGAGACUGGGGUGCCCCCCAGAGA